AUGAGAGACGAGGAGUCGUAUGCCACUGACGGCAAAGAGGUCAUCGAUGGACCCUAUGAAAAAGACAUGGAGAAGCCAUUGGACGCCAGUAAAUUGGAGCCUUUUGGUAAUGAGGAGACCGCGGAGGUUAAGUAUCGGACUAUGAAAUGGUGGCACUGUGGAAUGCUCAUGAUUGCGGAGAACGUCUCGGUCGGAAUUCUCUCUCUGCCAUCCGCCGUUGCUACCCUGGGAAUGGUCCCCGCUGCUAUCAUGAUUCUGUUCAUUUCAGCUCUCUCAUGGUACACGGGCUACGUAAUCGGUCAAUUCAAGCUCCGUCACCCCGAGAUUCACAGCAUGGGAGAUGCUGGCGAGCUCUUGAUGGGUCCCUUCGGCCGCGAGCUGUUGGGACUCGGCCAGCUGCUUCUGUUGAUCUUCCUUAUGGCUAGCAACAUCCUGAUGUUCAAUAUUCUGAUGAAUGUUCUGACAGACCACGGCACUUGUACCUUGGUGUUCGGUGUGGUUGGACUGAUUAUCUGCUUCUUGGGCGCCUUGCCUCGUACCAUGGACAAGGUCUAUGUUAUGUCCGUUGUCUCAUUCUUGAGUGUCUUUGUCGCCACAGUGUUGACCAUGAUCACCGUGGGAGUCGAGACCAAAGGACAUGUCGUCAACGAAGUCACUACGGAGGUCACCUUCCGCGAGGGCUUUUUGGCAGUGACCAACAUCAUUUUCGCUUACCUUGCCCAUGUUGCCUACUUCGGGUUCAUGUCCGAGACUGAGGACCCACGCACCUUCAACAAAUCUCUCGCUAUGUUGCAAAUUGUCGACACUGUUUUGUACUUGGUCAGCGCUUUGCUCAUCUACCACUACGUCGGACCCAAUGUCCAGUCGCCCGCCAUUCUGUCUUUGAGCCCCUUAAUGAGCAAGAUUGCAUGGGGUCUUUCUAUCCCAACUACCAUUCUUUCCGGAGUUGUCCUGGGUCAUGUUGCGUGCAAAUACAUUUACGUGCGUAUUUUCCGUGGAUCCGACGAAAUGCAUAGCCGCAGUUUCCUCUCAGUUGGGUCCUGGGUUGCUAUCUGUCUUGGUGUCUGGGUUGUGGCCUGGGUUGUUGCCGAGUCGAUUCCCGUUUUCAACGAUCUGCUGAGUUUGAUUAGUGCGCUGUUUGGAAGUUGGUUCAGCUUCGGCUUACCCGCGAUCUUCUGGUUCUACAUGAACAAGGGCCGAUACUUCCAGAAUUGGAAGAAGACUGUUCUGACGAUAACCAACAUCGGAGUUUUGGCUAUUGCUUUCGCUAUUUGCGGAUUGGGCUUAUACGUGUCCGGUGUCGCGAUCCACAAUGACUCCAGCAGCCAAAGCUGGUCUUGUGCUAAUGAUGCGUGA